AUGCUCAUUGAUAUCUCGGAAGCGGCCGUCAAUAACGACCCCAGCUGCACCUUGUUUCUUGGCGUGGGUGCUCAUCAGGCCGCCCCAACAGGCGCUGAUCAAUCCUUUUGGCUGCGAAACGAAGACGACGCUAUCUCGAGAAUAACACAAUCCCGGUGUGUAUUCCGUAUUUCGCAUACUGACGGAGGCCUCAUGCUGACUACUCAUGGAAACCAGCUAUUUGGGGUCAACUAUGGCGAGCAACUUAGCAACCUAGAUGCAGUAAGGCAAGGCUCAAAGCGCCCUCUGACAUUGACCGAGAAGCUGCUAUACAGCCACUUGAUCCCGCGCGAUGAUAAAAUAUGGUCGUUGCAGGAAAUCGAUCGGGGGAAGACGAUUUUGGAAUUGCGACCGGACCGUGUCGCCUGUCAUGAUGCUACCGCGACCAUGGCCCUCUUACAGUUUAUCAGUGCGGGCCUGCCGCGAGUCGCAGUCCCAACGACGGUCCAUGGUGAUCAUCUUAUAAUCUCCGAGAAGGGAGCAGAGCCAGACCUAAAGCGGGCACUUACAGAGCAUGCCGAAGUCUACGAAUUCCUGAGUAGCGCGUCUAGAAAGUAUGGAAUCGGGUUUUGGAAACCUGGUUCAGGGAUCAUCCACACAGUGAUCUUUGAGAACCAUGCCGUUCCUGGCGGCCUGAUUAUCGGUACGGAUUCUCACACGCCGAAUGCCGGUGGCUUGGCUAUGAUGGGCGUUGGUGUUGGCGGUUCUGAUGCAGUUGAUGCGAUGUCAGGAAUGCCGUGGGAGUUAGUCACGCCUCAUAUCGUCGGGGUGCGCCUGACCGGCCACCUAUCCGGAUGGGCAUCCACAAAGGACAUCAUCUGCAAGCUCGCCGGCAUCUUGACCGUUUCUGGAGGCAAAGGUCGCGUCAUUGAGUUUUUUGGCCCCGGCACGGAAACUCUGGGAGCUACGGCCAUGGCGACGAUCUGUAACAUGUCUGCAGAGAUUGGCUCGACUUCCUGCAUAUUUCCUUACACCACUGCGAUGGAGCGAUAUCUUGCAGCGACGAAGCGAGCGCAUUCAGCUAAGGCGGCACAAGAGGUUAAGCAGGUAUUGCUGCAAGCCGAUGAAGGAUCGGAAAAAUACUAUGAUCAGAUUAUCGAAAUUGACCUGAGCACCCUCGAGCCACACGUCAAUGGGCCCUACACCCCGGACCUUGCCCAUCCCAUCUCAGAGUUAGGGAAAGCAGCCUCCCAGAGUGAAUGGCCCAUAAAUCUGAGCCAUGCGAUGGUUGGAAGCUGCACCAACAGCUCCUAUGAAGACCUUGACAAGACGCGACAGCUCGUCGCACAAGCUCGUGAGGCUGGGUUAGCCAAAUUUAAAACACCCUUCCUCGUUGCACCUGGCAGUGAGCAGAUUCGCGCCACGGCUGAAGCUGAUGGUAUACUCCAAGAGCUGCAGGAUGCCGGUGCCGUUGUACUGAGCAGCUCUUGCGGGCCUUGCGUUGGCUCGUGGGACCGCAAAGAUGUCGAUGUGCGGGGCAAAGAGAAGAACUCAGUGAUAUCCAGCUUCAACCGGAAUUUUGUGGGCCGGCACGAUAGCAAUCCAGCGACUCACUCAUUUGUUACCUCGCCAGAGAUAGUGACCGCAUUUGCUUACGCUGGACGCCUUGACUUCAACCCGUUAACAGACAGCAUUGCUGUAGAGUCUAAUGACGGAGAGAAACCCUUUCAAUUCAAAGCCCCUGUGAGCCGGGAACUUCCAGGGAAUUUUGCUUCAGGAGAAGAAACUUUCCAAGAGCCUCCAAGUGAUGGCUCAUCAUUGUCUGUAAUCAUCGAUCCGCAGUCCGACCGCCUGCAACUGUUGACUCCAUUUGCACCAUGGCAGCCCGGGUGUGCUACUAACAUGGAACUGUUGAUGAAAGUGAAGGGCAAGUGCACCACAGAUCACAUCUCACCGGCAGGGCCAUGGUAUAAAUACCGAGGUCACUUAGAGAAUAUUAGCAAUAACAUGCUCACUACCGCAACAAAUGCAUUCCUCCCUGGUAACGACCCACAGAUGCUAGGCCACACUCGCAACCCCAUUACGUUGGACGUGGAGGUUGUGCCUCAAGUGGCCCGUGAACUCCAAGGGCGUGGGAUCCGGUGGUGCAUUGUCGGCGACUUCAACUACGGCGAAGGAAGCUCACGCGAACACGCAGCCUUGGAACCUCGUUAUCUUGGAGGGGUGGCCGUAAUUGCGCGCUCCUUCGCGCGGAUACACGAAACUAACUUGAAGAAGCAAGGGAUGUUACCUCUGACAUUCGAAGAUCCUUUGGACUAUGACAGGAUCAUGGAAGGCGAUCGCGUGACAUUAAUUGGAGUCGAAGAUGGUGAAUUGGCACCCGGUCGACAGGUUACCAUGCGUGUCACUCCACGAGAGGGAUCCCCGUGGAAUGCGCAGUUGAACCACAGCUAUCAUUCUGGCCAGCUGCACUGGCUGCGCGCUGGCAGUGCCUUGAACCAUAUUAAGCAUACCGCCCUCACUAAAUAG